CAACACCUCCAUGUCAAACUCUAUAAGAACCCUUCUCCACUUCACGAAUUUUCUGCCUCAGAGAAAUCAGGUGUAGCAAUAAAUUUUUCCCUUGUCACAACAAUGGCGAUCAAUGGAACCUCUGUCAGAACCAGCUCAGAUGGAGUCUGGCAAGGCGAAAAUCCUCUCAACUAUGCCUUCCCAUUAUUGAUACUUCAAACAACCAUAGUUCUUUUCACCAGCCGCUUCCUUGCCGUCCUACUCAAACCUCUCCGACAACCCAAAGUGGUUGCCGAGAUAGUAGGUGGAAUUUUGCUAGGUCCUUCUGCUUUGGGCCGCAACAAAGAUUUCUUGCACCUUGUUUUCCCUACAUGGAGCACACCAAUACUGGAAUCGGCAGCUAGUAUUGGUCUUCUCUUCUUUCUCUUCCUUGUGGGUCUUGAGCUCGAUCUAACCGCAAUUCGUCAAAGCGGCAGAAAGGCUUUUAGCAUAGCCAUAGCCGGGAUGUCUGUUCCUUUCAUAUUUGGAGCUGCACUUUCAUUACUUCUCCAUAAAGCUGUCAAUGGGGAGGAGAGAGUAAGUAUUGGGCAGUACAUACUGUUCCUAGGCGUGGCUCUUUCCAUCACAGCUUUCCCCGUUCUCGCCCGCAUUCUAGCUGAGCUCAAGCUCCUAACAACCCAAGUAGGCCAAACCGCCAUGGCCGCAGCUGCGUUCAACGACCUUGCUGCAUGGAUCUUGUUGGCCUUAGCCGUAGCCCUAGCAAGCAAUGGCUCAAGUGAAGCCCACAAAAACCCGCUUAUAUCCGUUUGGGUUCUUAUAUCCGGAGUUGCUUUUGUUGCUUUCAUGCUAAUUCUAGUCCGGCCCCUGAUGAAUUGGUUGGCACGACAGUGCUCGCCUGAACAUGACUUUGCCAUCGAUGAAGCUUAUAUAUGCUUGACCCUGUCAGGGGUAAUGUUAUCCGGGUUCAUUACUGACCUUAUAGGAAUCCAUGCAAUAUUUGGUGCUUUUAUAUUUGGACUAACGAUUCCUAAAGGUGAAUUUGCAGCAAAACUGAUCAAAAGGAUUGAGGACUUUGUAGCCGGUCUCCUUCUUCCACUGUACUUUGCUUCUAGCGGGUUGAAGACGGAUGUGACCAAAAUACGUGGAGUAGAGGCUUGGGGCCUUUUGGCGCUGGUUAUAACCACAGCUUGCGCAGGGAAGAUUCUAGGAACUUUCGUGGCAGCGAUGCUCUGUAUGGUUCCGGCAAGGGAGUCAUUAGCUCUCGGUUUGCUGAUGAACACCAAAGGAUUGGUGGAGCUCAUUGUUCUCAACAUUGGCAGGGAAAAGAAGGUUCUAAACGAUGAGAUGUUUGCAAUUUUAGUCCUGAUGGCCCUGUUUACCACUUUCAUGACGACGCCGGCAGUCAUGGCCAUAUACAAACCUUUACCUCGCAUGACUUCCCAAACCCAACGCCGUUUGGAGCGAGCAAUGCCCCCCGCUGAAAACGCAGAAGAUGAGCUUCGGAUCCUGGCAUGUAUCCACGGUCCUGGCAAUGUCCCUUCACUCAUCAACCUCAUCGAGUCAAUCCGUACCACCAAGAAAUCCCAGCUCAAGCUCUACGUCAUGCACCUUGUUGAACUCACUGAUCGAUCCUCAUCCAUUGUGAUGGUUCAACAGGCUCAGAUGAAUGGCUUUCCCUUUGUCAACCGAUUUCGUCGAGGAAAAUCAUACGACCAAAUUGCUGCUACCUUCGAGGCGUAUGGCCAACUUGGGAGAAUCUGUAUCAGGCAUUUGACCGCCAUCUCAACAUUGUCGACAAUGCAUGAGGAUAUUUGCCAUGUAGCAGAGGAUAGAAGGGUGGCAAUGAUCAUCUUGCCUUUUCAUAAACUAUGGAGAGGGGUGGAAGAGGAGACAAUGGAGAAUUUUGGCAAGGGCUGGAGAGGGGUCAAUCAAAGGGUGCUAAAAACUGCGCCAUGCUCGGUGGCCGUCCUCGUGGACCGAGGCUACGGUAGGGGGUCAGAACAGGUGGCAGAAAGUGCCACCGUCGUGCCCAAAAGAGUUGGCAUUUUGUUCAUUGGAGGGCCAGAUGAUCGUGAAGCUCUAGAGCUUGGUGGGAUGAUGGCUGAACACCAGCCCGUUCAGGUUACUCUUGUGAGGUUCCUCCAAAAUGAUGACAAUAAAACAGACAAGGAAUUGGAUGAAUACGCGGUGGCAGAGUUCAUAAGGAGGUGGGAAGGGUCUAUAAAAUAUGAAGAGAAGGCGGUGACAGACAUCGCAGAGGCAGCGUUGGCGAUCGGACAGAGCAGGGAGUACGAGCUUCUUGUAGUUGGAAAGGGGCAACUCCCAUCAUCUACGGAAUUGGCAGACAAUUACAUAGAACAUGCAGAAUUGGGACAUGUAGGAGAUGUUUUGGCAUCAGACGGGGGAAUGUUGCCAUCUACACUUGUUAUCCAACAACAAAAUGCAGUUGUUGCAGAGGAUGUUACUGACGUAAAGAUGAUAUGACUAGAAGAAAGCUGUUAUCAAACAUUGAAGUACAUGAUAUCUAAA